CCACUCCAAACACCUGUUUCUACAAGUAGCUGGAUGAAUGUCUCUUUAAGAGGAAGGAAAUCAAAGGGGGAAGUGAAGCAAGAAGGAACUGCUUCCUCGUUACCCCCACGACCAAAACAUUAUUUCUGCGCAAUGGGAGAGUCUGCGUCUUCAGAAACACGUUUUCUCAUCUAACAGCAGGCGAAAAUUGUCGAGAACCUCCUCGAACAUCGUUUGCUUCGCCAUGCUUCAGCUGAACGACACGAUGGAUCCGGAGAGUCCGGGUGUUGCUGUUCUCCACCCUGCAGAAACAGAGGAGGGGGUUGAGGUCGCCUUCACGCCGCCGGAGACCGGCCUAAGCCUCGGACAUGCAGCUUCCGUGGCCUGCUGCCCCCCGCUGCAAACGCUUACGCCUUUCCAUGUACAAAACCCCACGAUGCAAGCAAAGGUGAAGGAUUACUUCGUUUUCAGGCCAGGUACCAUUGAGCAGGCAGUGAGCGACAUCCGGACUGUGGCGCUCCCAUCUGAGGACGGGGAGGUGCUCAGCGUCUGGCUGCUGGCAGAAAUUGACCACUGGAACAAUGAGAAGGAGAGACUUGUGCUAAUAACAGAUAGGUCUCUGCUGGUCUGCAAGUAUGAUUUCAUUAAUCUGUUGUGUCAGCAAGUUAUAAGGAUCUCUCUCAACGCUGUGGACACCAUCUCAGUGGGCGAGUUUGAAUUCCCACCCAAAUCCCUCAACAAAAGAGAGGGCUAUGGGAUUCGUGUGCAGUGGGACAAACGCCCCCGGGCUUCCUUCUUUAACCGCUGGAACCCCUGGUCCACAGAAAUGCCCUAUGCCACCUUCACAGAGCAUCCCAUGUCCAGCGCUGAUGAGAAGGUGGCCUCUCUCUGUCAGUUGGAUAACUUCAGAACCCAGCUGGUGCAGGCGGUGAAGAAAGCCCAUAAGGAGAACCCCAUUCCUGGCAGGGCUAACGGGGUUCUGAUCCUUGAGAGACCCCUGCUCAUUGAGACCUAUCUGGGCAUUAUGUCCUUCAUCAACAACGAAGCCAAGCUUGGCUACUCCAUGACACGUGGCAAGAUUGGCUUCUAAAUUCCAAGUUUCUGAAUAGUCCAGCCCUUGUGUCAGUUUCACUGCACUGUCUGACAGAGGCUACAGCGUAAUGUGCAAUGCGUCUUAUUUGUGUAAGUUGAACCCAUGACAUGUCCACACCUCCUUCAGUUGGUGUAAGACAAGUGUUCAGCCUGCUGUAGGUAAACGAUGGACAGCGCUGUAUGGACUGUCGACUCAUUUGAUGUUUGUUUUUUCCUUUUGCGUGUGCUCUGAGUUGCCUCCCAUCAUAUAUCUAAAACACAGCCUUAUGUUCACAUCUAUUCAUGGGAGAUAAAAGUCUACAGCAGUUUUGAUUGAAAUUAUUGUGACAUUUAGAUUGGAAGAGGAAUGAGAAUUUUAGGGUUAAAUGUUUUCUGCAACACGAAAAGAUUUGCCAGGAGAGAGCAGUGAAACUAUAAGCUCAGAUAAGAAUAUGUUCCAGAUUUGUUACACUGUUUUGAAAUGAAAGACUGCGUUAUUUACAUUAGCAGUGAUAUAUGAACAUCGUUGUAAACAGCCAAUAGAGUACAAUAAACUAACAAAUGGGAUGUACUUUUCAGCAUUAAUUAGACUUGUUCAGUGGAAAUGAAAAAGUCAGAUCUGGCCUAUUCUUUCUUGUCAAUGCUCAUAUUUAAUUUUCUUAGCUCAGAGUAGGGACCUGCAGUGCUAGAUGACAGGUUUUUUAAAGUCAGAUAUUUUAUGCAAAGUGACCCUGUAAACUUUCAGUUUUGUUUGCAAGUUGCCUUAGUGAUCCUGCAACUUGGUUUUAUGUUAAUUACACAUUUGGAAUAAGCUGCAAUAAUGAGGGGGAUAAUACUAGACGGGUUACAAGUACAACAUGCAGAUAAAGCUUUACAUUAGAUAAUUAACCAUGCAAGCUGUGUAUAUUAUGAGUAGGAUUUAGGUGAUGUUUUUCCUAAAUCUGACUCUAUAGCACAUUAUUGUCUAGCCAAAGGUUACGAACUAUAGUGUCAUGCUGAACCAUGGCAACAAAUUGCGUCCCACAACAACUUUGUCUGGUCUUGUGCAUGUUCCUUGCACGUUGAGUUUGCAUGACAGUUGUGUUUUUUAAAUAUCCUGAGUAAAAGUGGUUGUUUUAUUUAUCUGCACAUAUUCUGAUGAAGUUAACUCAUAAAUGUUUAUAGGAAAACAUUUAAUUGCCAGUUUUGGAAUAAUUUAUUUAGGAAGAUAAAUAUCUUGUUAAAAUGACUAAAGAUAUUUUUUGCUUUUCAUAGCAUUUAUUAUUUUCCACAGGCACAGUGGAAACUAAUAAAUGCUUGACAUGACUUUGUCAUGGCAGGAACUCUGGGUGUUGUUAGAGAAGCAGUGCUCUGCCUACAUGUAUCUGGUAUGGUGGUAUGCGCCUAAGAAAGACUCAAAUGAGAAUAGAAUAGCACUGCAUAAUUGUCGGUGAAACACUGUAAGAGUGUAUUUAUAUACUGGCAUUCCUGACGUGAAGGACUGUAACUAAAACUUUCAAACAAAGAGAUGGCUUGUGGCCAAAUAAUGCAGAUUAAUACUACCAGUUAAUUUAAUGUUUCAGUUCUUAUUGUCAUUUCAGUUUGGUCUUUGCAGGUACCAGCUGUUACUUCUGCAAGUUUGUUAAAGAUGAUGCAAUUUGUGCUAUGAAAAUUGCUUUACAAGACUAAUUAAAAACAAAGAAAACAUG